UUCAAGGAUCCCUUCAACCAAACUCAUUGUUACCCAUUUGACUUCCCAUUCAAUCAUCCAAUCUCUUCGAUUUCAUUCACCAAACUUCAAUUACUACCACUCCUACCAACUUCAACAUCAUGUUAGGUACCACUAGACCUCGACCACUUGAAAACCACAUGGAUUCAUCUCUCACAGCUCGCUUAGGACUUGAUCAACAACAAGCUCCUCGUUCGUUUUCAAACAAACGUCGUCAAAAUGACCCACUUGGACCUCGAUCAAGCUCAAUGGGACCAGCUCGCAAAUUCAACUCACCCAAAGGCAAAGAGUCUAAUUCUCCUCGAGACAAGCAUCUUCCAUCUGCACGAUCUAGAGUUUCUGGUCCACUUGCACCUACUCGAGCAGCUCUUCACCGUACAGGUGGUACGAAGCUUCGAGGUUCGCGUGGAUCACCAUCUACAUCUCAACCCGAAAGUGCUAUCGAUAUCCUUCGUAAACUUUUGGAAGCUCGAUGGAAUCCCGUCGCUCGACUUCUUGACCUUUCUAACCUCGCGCAAGACAAAAUCCUCAAGGCUGGAGGAAUCGCCCCGCCCGGCCAAAAAGGCGCACCUCAAAAGACUGCCAGCGCCAUAUGGAAAUUAUGCCUCGAAAUGUACCCCAAUAUCCGUUCACUUUCACUGGCACACAAUAACCUGUUGUCUCUUCAUCCGAUGUCCAUCAGCAGUCUGGUGGCUACUUUACCCGAUCUCGAAAAUAUAUCCCUAGCUGGAAAUCGCCUCACUGCGUUUUCUGACCUCAACUCUCUCUCACCUGUUGUUGGUGGAAGCGGUCCCAACAAUGGUCAAAAACAAGGACUCCUCCAUCUUCGUGAAUUGAUCUUGAUUGGCAAUCCAAUUCGUAAAAACGCCGAAAAGGAGGGACCACCCGCUCUACAGCAGUAUCUUGCUGAAGCUUGUAGAAGAUUUCCAUCUUUGCUAGUCUUGGAUACCGAAGUCAUUGAUCCCCUCUUCAAAGCCAAUCUACCUCAGCAACCGGAUCGCUCGCUAUCCAACGCUAUACAAUCUGGAUCAAACACAGCCCCAAGUGCUUCAAAUCCGAGCGAUGUUGUCGUCGAGAACGUACCAUUACCGCUCCCUACCAAAUCUGCUUUUUUCGACGAUGAAGCUACUUCUUCAGUGGUGUCACGAUUUUGUGUUCAAUUCUUCAAUGCAUUUGACCACGAUCGGCAAAGCCUGAUGGAUGUUUACGCGACGAAUGCUACCUUCAGCCUCAGUGCUUCGACUAUGAUCCCUACUCGUGCUAGACUAGCGGGAUUGACGAAGAAUCGACCGGAGAUGCCUGCCCAACAACUUCCAUCGUGGCACCAAUACAUCUCUAUCAGCCGUAACAUCGCUAGGCUCAAAGGAAACAGACUAGCUGAACGGAUAGCAAAUGGUCCUGCAGAGAUCAUCAAAUAUUUGGACUUGAUUCCUACAACCAAGCACCCGUUGACUGAAGCUGCCGAUCAAGACAAAUUUGUGGUCGAUGCGUGGCAAAUGCCAUCGAUGGUGACCGAUGGCUCUGGAGUGAUUUAUCUCACCAUUCAUGGGCAAUUUCAAGAACUUCCUGCCCUCACCGUUCGAAGCUUUGACAGGACAUUCAUGUUGGGACCCGCUGGUCCUGCCUCUGCGGCUGUUCUCAAAGGAUGGCCUUGCGUGAUUCUGACGGAUCAACUCACAAUACGCAAUUAUUCGUCACCGUCAGCUUGGAAACCUGAUACCAUCCCGACCCCCAAUCCAACGGUUCAGCUCACUCCCGAACAACAAAACUUGAUCAAUCAAUUUCGACAAGUUACCAAGUUGAACGAGAGGCUUGCGUUGGAUUGUCUGCUACAUAAUGGGUGGAACCCUACACUGGCUAUGGAAAACUUUCAAACGAUCAAUGCUUCAGGGGCAUUACCUCCUGAUGCGUUUGUUUGAGUUUUCUUCUUUUCUUCUUUUUGUUUGCCUUGCUUAUUUUUCUUUUUAGUUUCUUUGUCACUCAUAAGUAAUUGGGGAAAAAAAUACGAAACCAAUAAAAACAAAUUUUGUGUGUUUGUGAGUGAUUAUCAUAUGCAUAAUAUAUAUGAGUGUCGAAAAAAAAAAUCAGAAAAACAAAAAAAAAAGCUUUCUCAACAACAACUCAUUCGCAAAUUUCCAAAAAACCUUGCAAAAAAAAACUUGCUUCUUUCUCCUUUCUCCUUGUUUUAUACACCACAAGAUCUAUAUCCCUAAAUUGUAACAUAUAUAUAUACUUCAAGAAUCCAAUGCCAUUAAUCUUCUUUGUUUGUGUUUUUUUUGCCAGUUUUCUUUUUCGUGUGUUGUUUCAAUUAAAAUCAAACCAAAUCAAUCUUUUGGUUAUUGUUUGUUUUUAUAAAAUUGAUUGAUUUUUUAACUUAAACAAACCGUGUCUCCUCUUUGGGAAUUGUAAAUGAAAAUCAGAUUUGUAUCAG